GAUCCAGGGCCUUUUCUGUGGUGGCCCCCGAAUUGUGGAACAGUCUCCCCAAGGAGGACAAGGAAACCCCAGCAAAGCCAUAUACAUCAAGAUGUUCUUCACGGCAAAUGUGUCUUUAACAAUUUGGCUAUUAGUACACACGGGAGCAGGAGUACAUGUUGGGAGCUCAGUUGCUUGUAUCAGUGAACAGGGAGGUGUGAAUGCUAGUGGGAUAGAAGUGUUACGUGGGUCAACCGUGACUUUGUCCUGCUGGCUAAACAACGGUGGAUCAUCCAGCAGUUUACAGAACAGACAGACGCUAUCCAUUUUCCAAAACCACUCAGCAGUAAGCAGCGGCUCUGGCCAUUCAGUCAGUGCUCACAUUUUACAGCACACAUUUGGGAGACAGAAGUUUGAAUGCCAGUGGAUUUCUCCGUGGAAAAUGAAGGGAGUGCUCAUAUGCGGAGUUUACAUCUAUGUUGGAAUUCCUCCAGUCCAGCCCAAAAAACUACUCUGCAUUCAGCAUGGAAAGAAUGGAAAUACAAUUUGCACUUGGGAUAAAGGACACUAUACCUACCUUACUACUACCUAUACGUUACAGUUAACAAACAGAAUCAUCAAUGCAACAACAGUUUUGAAAGAGGAAAAGAACCUGAAUUUCUCAUAUGGCUCAGUGGAUCUCAGAGUAACGCUGGACUUUGAAUCCACUUACAUAGUUGUGGUCAAUGCUGCCAAUGGACUGGGGAAGGCUUCUUCCCAACCUAUUCAAUUCACAUUAAUAGAUAUAGUGAAGCCGCAUGUUCCGGUGAACCUCUCCGUGACAUUUGAUAGCUUUGCUGCAACAAAUUGCACCAUUUUGUGGCAAGAUCAACAAGAGGUGCAACACUUUAGAUUAAGAUACCAACCAAUUAACAGUACCUCAUGGGUCAUGCUUGAAAAUAUAAAUACUACAAGAUAUGAUCUGCAUGACCUGAAACCAGAUACAGCAUAUGAAUUCCAGGUUUCUUGUAGGUUUUUCCCCAACAGAGGGUUCUGGAGUGACUGGACUACGUCGUUUCAAACAGAAGCAGUGCCACUUCAGCCAAUUGAUGUCUGGUAUUUAAAGGAGGAUGUGUCUUGCAAAAUGCAGAAUAUUACACUUUUCUGGAAGACAAUGAGCAUACCAGAAGCAAGAAGGGAAAGCCAUAAUUAUAGAGUGACAUUUUGGGCCCUAAACCAGAUGCAUCAAAGAGCAGCAGAAACACAUUCUACAGUGCAGACCAUUUUCUCACGAGUCACUCCUAAGACAGACUAUAACAUAACAAUUUGUUCUCGCAACUCACGGGGAAUAUCUCCACCCAUUUACAUUACUACUAAACUAGGAAUUACAGAUCUGCCACCUCCUUACCAUCUCUCUGCUGCGUCAAUGGGGAACGGGAGAAUCUUUGUUGCAUGGGAAGCGCCUCUUGCACUUUCCCCUUUUAUCAAUGGAUAUGUAGUGGAAUGGACAGAGCUCCAUCGUUACAGUCACUUGAAAACCCACCCAGCCUGGCUCAAAAUCUCCCUAUCCAAUCUCACCGCAACAAUAGAGAACCUAAAGCCUAAUAGGUGUUAUGGCAUCAGUGUGUUUGCACUCUAUCAGAACAGAGCAGGAAAAGCAGCUUCCACUACAGAAGAUGUGUCAACAACAGCUCCAUUAACAGGACCUCAGAUUAAUGCAACAGUAAAAGAAGGGCACAUUUUGGUCUCUUGGGGGGAAAUUCCAGCUGAUCAGCAAGUGGGCUGCAUUGGUUGCUUCAAGUUAUACAUGCAGAAACAAUUUGUCACAAUGCCUCCUAAAGUCUAUGAUAUCCCUAAAACAGCCUCACAGCCAUUCUCUAUAGGAAGUGUAGAGCCUGGUGCUGCAUAUGCUUUAUGGAUGACAGUUUCCACUAAGGCUGGAGAGAGCCCUAAAGGGAAUGAAGAAGUGAUUUACAUAAAAGAUGCACUCAGCUGGGGUCCUGUUAUAACCAUUUGCAUUAUUAUUGGUCUUUCAGUCUGCGUCGGCUGUGUGCCAUCCAUUAGGCAAAUGCUUUUCUCACUCCUUUCUGUUCUGCUUUGUGGGUGGCAUGAAAAAGCUAUUCCAGAUCCAGCCAACUCUUCAUGUGCUAAGGAAAUCAUAUCUAUAAAGGAUGAACCAAGCUUCGAUUCUACACAGUUCCUAAAGAACCCAAACAGCUUUGAAGAGCCUGAAUCUCUGAAAAUAGAGGAGGUCUUCAUAAAAAGACAACACUGGUCUUUUGAGGAUGUGCACCUCUUCAAACACACAGAGGAAAGAGAGAGCCACAACUGGCCAACAGAUAGCCACUUCCAGAAAGAGAAUCCAAUUGUGAACAAUGUAGAUUAUGAUCCUUUGAUCACCAGUACGACAGAUGAUGCUGGCCAGCAUCAGCUGCUGCCUUUGUACAGAAAAGUUGCACCCGAAGAGCCAAAUCAAGGCCAGGUACUUUCAGAGUACCUUGCCAAUUCACAUGAAAAUGCAACAGUAGACUACUUGCCAACUAUUUCACCCACCAUUAUGGACACUGGUGAAGACAGCAGUGAAUCUGAACUCAAUUCUUUAUUGCUUUUUCAAAGAACGUCUUUUCUACCACAGACAUUUUCUUUUGGGGGGAAGCUUACUCUAGACACAGUACAAAUGGACUGUAAUUCUUUCCCCGACUAAGACUCCAUUCCUAAGACCCUUUGAACUUAAUGGGACCUCUGAGUAGACAUGUUGGAUUGGAUUGUAAGCCCCCCUUAAUUGCCCCCCUUUCAUGGAGAUCCUUUCAUGAGGACGUUCAAUAGGACAAUGCCCCUUAUUUAGGUUUCUAGCACAAAUACUAGGUAGUAACUGCUGAACUAGCCCAGUCACACAAGCAAUGGAAGGUUGUUUAAGCCAAAUUUAGAGUACAAUGAGAAAUUUUCUCAAAAGUAGUUUCAGAGAAGUGGGGGUUCUAUCAAUGAAGUUGUCUUGUUAGUGGAAGGACUUCUGCCUGCGCAAUAGGACAUCCUUUAUCCUCUCCCUGUGCACUUCCUAAAUCACUCUGGAGGGUUGGGAGGAAAGCCAGAACAGAUUGGGGAGCACAUGGGUGUGUGGGGAGAGGACGUUCUGUUGUACAGGUGGAAGUCCUUGCACUAAUGGGAGGACUUCAUUGGCUACAAUCCUGGAUAUGCAUGAAGCUCCGAGUAUAAAACCUGGUUGUGAUUCAGAGGAGUGCAAGAGAAAUGUUUGAGCAUAGUGGAAUGCUUUGACUGUUCCCUUCCCCAAAUAGAAGCCCCCUUCUCUUGUACUCCAUUGCAUAGCAAGCAUCUUUUGUUCACAGCCCAUGAACAACAUGGAUGUGAUACACUGCCUCAUCUCAAGCCAAAACAGAGGUCAUACUUUGAGACUGGAAAACCCGAAGACUAGGACAGGUGUUAAGGUCCACCUCUUACAGACACAAUUCAUUGUCUGAGGAUGUCUCUAAAUCAACACCAUGAUAAUUUCUCUACAGUCUAGAUUGUUAUGUUUUAGAUAAAGGCAAAAUAAGGUCCCAGUCUCUCAAAGGAUUGUGGUGAGAAUAAAGUGCUACCAAGAUAGAAUACUAAUGGGAUGAAAGGUACAGAUAUAAACAUUCAUCCCUUGAAUUUCCUCAGAAAACCUGCACUUUGUAUCUUAUUGUAGUAGUGUCUUUCUAGUAUCCCAGCUGACCAUAAUACCACCCAAGGAGGGGAUGAAAAGACUCAUUUCCCAUCUUCUAUGGGUAUUAGAAUUAUUAUCAUCUCACAUGGGAGCAGGCAGCUGUAGACACGAAAGUGUAUUCAUCAGUUGUAGUAUCCAGGGUAGCAAGACAAGUAUCUACCCAGGACAAUACUUUCAGUGCAAUAAAGUUUUUACUACGGUAGCAGCAACAAAAGCCAGGGAGAAUGAAUCAGUAUUGUCUGAAAUAAAUGAAGAAAUCUAUGCAGAUGCAGAGUUAAUUGCACUAAUUAAAAAGUAGGGAAAAGCUAGAAACUGGCCAGAUUUUAUUUCCAAAUCCUAUGCGUACAUUUUCAAGGAAUUCUCCAUACAUUUUCACUGUAGGAAACCAGAAACACAAC